AGCCGUUGCCAGUGGGGUGGGGUCUUCGUUCUCUUACCCAGCAUCCAUGAAGAGGCAGAGCAAGAAGACGGUAAAUUGCCGUGGGUGCGGGUGUGGAGAGUACAACUGUGAUUCAUGCUGGUGUCAGUGCAACGAUGACAACUGCGAUAGUCCUCAUCCUGAAAACCAAUCUGAGGGUGAAGAGGAUGACGAAGAGGAUGACGAGGAAGGAGAAGAGAGCGGAGAUGAGGCUGGAGAUGACGAAUCAACCGCGGCAAUUCGUAUCUUGGGUGUUGAUUGCCAUGGCUGUGGAUGCGGCAACCCAAGAUGCGGUUCAUGCUAUUGAACCUUCUUCGCCCUCGAAAGUCUCGUCGAGAACUUCGAUUGAUCUAGCAGCAAAGGAUAAAUCCAAAUUACCCGGCCGACAGGCAACGAACUUUUCCUCUCAUGCCAUGAAUGCUGUACCUUUCAUGGGGUUCUCUUGUUCCUGAAUGGCAGUUCUAAAGAAGGGGCAGAGGGUCAGAUUUGGAAGCUUAUGAAAGGUGGCCGGUGAUGCGUCGUGUGGAUUCGGGUAAUUAAUAUAUUUUCGAUGUGGAUGAACUUUUUAUACGCGAGGCGAGGAUAUAAAUAGAUGCGUGCGGCUGGGGAAAGGGGGGGCUUUGGAUUUGG